UCCAGCGUUGUGACUUGACUGAGUUCCUAGUCGGACCUUUGUUAGUGACGGACCAAACAAAACAACAAGAAACUCAUGCGAGUCUGCUUCAGUACCGCGCUGGGCUAACUCUGUCUCUUCAUGUUUCAUUCCGGCUUCGUGUCCGCUGUGUCGCGCCUGACGAGCCGGAAGCUGACGUCAGAGGGAUACGUUGCAAGUGGACAAGUCGCUCGCCUUCAAUGUAUUACCUCGUUGUACCGCAACAGGCUGCGCGUUGCUGGAAGCGCGAGAGCUAGAAGCAGGCAAGGGAGGAGCACGCGGCGCUAGCCGGAAGAAGGAAUUGGGAAUGAGUUCAGAGCGGAUCCGGAUUGACACCAGAGAGGCAGGAUGCCGGCGACCUGAGCGGACCACUGCAAAGUAACGGCACGGCCGGGAAGAUGAACGGCGCGCUGGAGCAUUCGGACCAGCCCGACCCGGACGCCAUCAAGAUGUUCGUGGGCCAGAUUCCGCGCUCGUGGUCGGAGAAGGAGCUGAAGGAGCUGUUUGAGCCCUACGGCGCCGUCUACCAGAUCAACAUCUUGCGGGACCGCAGCCAGAACCCGCCGCAGAGCAAAGGCUGCUGUUUUGUGACGUUUUACACGCGGAAAGCCGCCCUGGAAGCUCAGAACGCGCUGCACAACAUCAAGACCUUAACAGGGAUGCACCACCCCAUCCAGAUGAAGCCCGCUGACAGCGAGAAGUCCAACGCGGUGGAAGACAGGAAGCUGUUCAUCGGCAUGGUGUCCAAGAAGUGCAACGAGAACGACAUCCGGGUCAUGUUCUCCGCCUUUGGCCAGAUCGAGGAGUGCCGGAUCCUGCGGGGCCCUGACGGGCUGAGUAGAGGAUGUGCCUUUGUCACGUUUUCCACCCGAGCUAUGGCACAGAAUGCAAUCAAAGCCAUGCACCAGUCUCAGACGAUGGAGGGCUGCUCGUCCCCCAUGGUGGUCAAGUUUGCCGACACGCAGAAGGACAAAGAGCAGCGGCGUCUGCAGCAGCAGCUGGCCCAGCAAAUGCAGCAACUCAACAGCGCCACCACCUGGGGGAGCCUGACGGGCCUGGGCGGACUCACCCCGCAGUACUUGGCGUUGCUCCAACAGGCCACUUCCUCCAGCAACCUGGGCGCCUUCACCGGGAUCCAGCAGAUGGCGGGUAUGAGCGCACUGCAGUUGCAGAACUUGGCCACUUUGGCAGCGGCGGCGGCGGCGGCGGCCCAAAACUCCGCCAGCCCGUCCACCGCCAACGCCCUGUCCUCCGGCGCCGCCUCCCUGGGAGCGCUGGCCAGCCCAGCAGGGGGCGCCCCCGCCGGCUCCAGCGCGGGCGGCAUGAGCUCGCUGACGUCGCUGGGCACCCUGCAGGGCCUGGCGGGCGCCACCGUCGGCCUCAACAACAUUAACGCACUAGCAGGUAGCGUCAACAGUAUGGCGGCCCUCAACGGCGGCUUGGGCGGCGGCCUGGCCAACGGGGCGGCGGCGGCAGCGGCGGCGGCGGCGGGCACCAUGGACGCGCUGACGCAGGCCUACUCAGGGAUCCAGCAGUACGCCGCCGCCGCCUUGCCCACCCUCUACAGCCAGUCGCUGCUGCAGCAGCAGGGCGCCGCCGGCAGCCAGAAGGAAGGAGUUUGGCGACCAGGACAUCCUGCAGAUGUUCAUGCCUUUUGGGAACGUGGUCUCCGCCAAAGUCUUCAUCGACAAACAGACCAACCUCAGCAAGUGCUUCGGCUUCGUGAGCUACGACAAUCCGGUGUCGGCGCAGGCGGCCAUCCAGGCCAUGAACGGCUUCCAGAUCGGCAUGAAACGGCUCAAGGUGCAGCUGAAGCGCUCCAAGAACGACAGCAAACCUUACUGAUGUCGGGCCGGGCCAGGAACAUCAUCUCCAUGCCUGGCUUGCGUGUCUCGCCCCCCCCCCCCCCCCCCCCCCCCCAGCAAAAACAUUGUCAUUGGCCCCACCGCCGGCCAGACGAACAAACAAAAACUCAAGCGUCUCAAGGUUGGUGUCUUUUUUUUUUUUUUUUGUCCUCACCUGCACUGAGCCGCGCUCGCCCCAACGCUGACGCCUACUGAACAUUUUCUUUGGAUUUGGAUCACCUUUUGACUUUUUUUUUGCAUGUGACCUCAUGUUUUGGUGAGGUGACAACCACAAAUCAAUGCGAAACCAACACAAAAGCUGCACUCAUUGGUACAAAAAACAUUUGCCUGGUCUUUCCUUUGUGACGCGUUUAUGUGUGUGUGUGUGGGGGGGGAGCCCUGGUGUGGCCCAGCUUAAGACUACUUCCGCACAGUUUGGACUCUGAAGCUGUUUUUACAUUUUUCAGGCCGUGUAAAGUUUUUGAUAAGGAGUUUCUCACUAAAGUCUAUAUAGAGAACCACUUUUUUCUAGAGUAGUUUCAAGGGGAACAACAACAACAACGAGGGGGGGGGGGGGGGUUGAGCGAGCAAGCGAGCGAGAUUUGAGAAAUGCUACCUACUUGUGUGCCCUUUUGCUGAACUGCCUCCCAGACAGACAAUCCGUGGUUUCAAUGCACAUGAUGAGAUGACCUAUAUUUUCUACUCUUUCAAUGUAUUCAAGUACAAAAGAACAAAGAAAUGUCGGUGCUUCUCGUGACUUUUAAUAUCUCAUGGCAAGUCCAAGACGCUCUUGUCUCAUCUAUUCUUUGACCUUAUUUUUCGUUUUGAAUGAGAAGACUCGAGUUUACUUGAACAAUAGCCUUUCUUAGAAAUUUGUUGUUGUUUGUUUGGAUUUUGGUUGUUGUUGUUCUUUUUGUUGUUCUUUUUUUUCCGCUUAACUGGUUGUCGUUUAAUUAGCUCGAUAAAAGGAGUCAAAUCUAUAUCAAUGGAAAGAAAUCUAUGAAUCUCUAUAUCUCUAAUGUCAGCUUGUGGAGCAUCAAUGUCAUGAUUUGAUUUGUCUAUGUGAUGGCAACCAAAUAUUUAGACGUGCGUUUUGUGUUUUUGUCUUAUAACCGAGAUUUUGAAAAACAAAAAGUGGACUGUAGUGCCAAAUUGGGAAGAAGCGACUUCCCGCCUAGCGCGUGUGCGUGCGUACCGUCCGUCGCCGUCUUCUUCUUCUUCUCCUUCUCUUUGUGACAUGAUGAUGAUGAUUUGCUAACGCGUAUUUUCUUCUCAGUGUUUUCAUAUUUAAAACAUUCUCGAUUUCAAACGAGAAAAACGCUAGUUUGUUCACUUGUGUGGUCGGUCUUGUUGCCUGAGAAAAAUGUCAUGUUUGCUUUUUAUUUAGACUUUUGUUCUCUUUGUAAAAAUGUACAAAAAAAUGCAAAGUGCCCAUGUGUCACAUAUAUAUAAAUCUAAAUCUCUCUAUAUAUCUCUAGACAUGUGCACACGCACGCACACAAUUGUGCAAGACCUCACUUUGUUGUUAUUAUUAUCAAUGUUAUUAUUAUUAUUAUUAUUAUUAUGAUUGUUGUUAUUGUUGUUGUUGUGCGGGAGAGCCCCCAAGUGUGAACACUUCCACUGGAACCACACACACUUGACUGACGCAUGCGUAUACACAUUGACAAGCCUCAAGGCGCGCACACACACACGCACACACACUCAAACUGAGCUACCUGUCUACACGUACACGCACAUUGAAACAGACACACACCCACACGAGCAAGCCUUAGCACACGCGGGUCCAGGCUCUUGUCGGGCGCGUCACUUUCGAAGCAAAGCACAGCGCGGGCGGGCGGACGGACGGACGGACGGAACCGCACUCCCCUCCCUCCCUCCCUCCUGCCGGCCGCGCGCGGCGUCAACAAGCCAAAGCAAAUUUACGCGGCCCGGCGUCGCCGCGCGACGCCUGACCCAGAAGCCGCCCUCCCUCCCUCCCUCCUCUGCGCCUCUUUAUUUUUUUGCACAAAAAAAAAAAAAAAGAGAGAGAGAUAGAAAAGCAGCGCUGUUUUGUACACAAGAUGCUCACCACUGGCCUUAAGCAGGGACGUCAGCCUCACCACCUUUUGCCAAACCAACCAACCAACCAACCAACUAACCAACCACUUUUGAAGACGUUGGUGGAUUUCCUCCCAAGGUGGCCUGCCUGCCUGCGCCGUUCUCGGACGCAGCCGUCGCCUGCCUGCCUUCUGGAUUCACUCAGUCAACGUGCGUCGGCCAUUCACAUCUGCACAGUGCAUGGACGAGCGCUGCGCAGCGACUUUGGAAGAGGCGCGCUCGCUCGCUCGUGUUGUUCUAAUGGAGUAAGUCGUUGUCUUGCCUGCCAAUUGCGCAUUUUGAAGGGCUUCCAGCCGGUGCCGGUGCCGGUGCACGCGGGUGGCAUCAAUUUGCGUUGCACGGGACAAAAGCAAACCUUCCUGUCCGCAUUUCCAAAGCUCCUCUUGAGUAGCGGCCGAGAGCUUUUGCGCGCCUCUCUCUGCCAACAUAAGGGUUCCUUCCGAUGGGUUUGUUUUGCAAGACCUUUCUGUGAUUUGGCUGGCUGACAGACAAAGUCAAACGAGGCGUUCACUUGACAAGCACAAGCGUGGUUCCUCUGUGGGUCGUUUUGUUUGUAAUUCUUUUCUCAUUGAACCGUUCACAUGGGGGCUCUCCCGCUGCUUGUAACUUUGGAUCUUGUCACUUCUCUGUCGGCCUUCCUCAAUUAAUCACGUCUUUGAUUAAGUGCUAUUUAUGGAAACAAAAUGGGAAAAAAAAUCAUAAGCUUGUGAUUUCUUUGCAUUUUGACUUGUCGAGUGUUUUGGAGCAUCUAAAAAAUGUCUGUGUGUGAUUUUUGCCAAAUAACGCUUGUUCCCGUGUUCUUUUUUUUGUUUUUGUUUUUUUUGUAUUUCCAAAACUAAAAGAGUUUUAAAAACGUG